AUUCAGUUUUACUAGGCGGCGCGGCAAUACGUUCUCCCAUAAGCGACACGCCCAAAGUACGAUUACCUCGCGGGGAAGAAGGUUCAAUCUUCCACGAAGCCUGAAAUCAGAGGAAAUAGCAUAGAAUAAAGUUUUUUGUGAGCAAACAAGAAAUGGUGAUGACUUCACAGGCCUACAAGUUAAGAUCACGAACAAUCUACAAGGCACAGAUCAGGCCUUCCAAAACCAAAAGCUGCAGCAGAUCUGUUCGGGCGAAGGAACCUGCUAGGUGUUACAACAUAUGACAUGCACACAAAAAUGACUUUUAAUUUGCGUGCUAUGUUGUACUGCACCAUCAAUGAUUUUCCAGCAUAUGGGAAUCUUCUGGGUAUACAGUAAAAGGUGAAAAAGCAUGCCCCAUUUGUGAAGAGGACACGGUUGACUUGCGAUUACCCAAUUGCAAGAAGAAUGUAUACUUGAAUCAUAGAAGGUUCCUUCCACGUGCACAUCGUUAUUGUGCACUGAAAAAGGCUUUUAACGGAAAAACUGAGCAUGGUGUUCCUCGUCAUCUAUUAUCUGGUCGUGAGGUAUAUGAUAAGGUUAAAGAUUUGGACAGUCUUUGGCAAGCCUUAUAAGAGAAAGAAGCAAAGUUUGUGGAAGAAGAGAUCUAUUUUCUGGGAACUUCCUUAUUGGAAAGACUUAUCUGUGAGACAUUGUCUCGAUCUUAUGCACAUCGAAAAAAAUGUGUGUGACAGCAUAAUUUCGACUAUUAUGAAUGUUCCCGGAAAGACAAAGGAUGGGAUCAAUAUCCGGAAAGACAUGGUUGAACAUCUCCAUAUUCGAAAAGAAUUGGCUCCACAACCAUGACAAAAUGGGGUUUAUCUUCCACCCGGGAGUUAUACACUGUCAAAGACUGAGAAACGGGCUUUCUGUGAAUGCUUAUAUGGCAUAAAGGUGCCUUCUGGGUAUUCCUCGAACAUUAAAAAUCUUGUAUCAUUAAAGGAUUUGAAAUUGGUUGGUUUGAAGUCUCACGAUUAUCAUGUUUUGAUGCAACAUUUGUUGCCAGUUGCUUUACGGGGACUUUUACCAGAUCAUGUUAGACAUGCAAUAAUGAGGUUGAGUUUCUUUUUCAAUGUCAUAUGCCAAAAAGUAAUUCAUCCCGACAAACUUGAUGCACUACAAUCUGAAGUGGUUGUUACUUUGUGUCAGCUUGAAAUGUAUUUUCCGCCUUCAUUAUUUGACAUUAUGGUGCAUCUUGUUGUGCAUUUGGUUAGAGAAGUGAAGCUGUGUGGUCCGGUAUUCUUGAGAUACAUGUACGGAAUGGAGAGACAUGGGAUAUUUGAAAUCAAAGGUGAAAAACCGGUGUCAUCCUGAAGGUAGUAUCAUCAAGGGUGUUGUUGACGAAGAAGUCAUUGAGUUUUGUACACCCUAUUUGAUGAAUGUUGACCCAUUGGGUGUUCCAAAGUCAAGGCAUGAUGACAGAAUUGAAGGCAAAGGUAUUCUUGGAAAGAAAGUACUAAAGAAUGUGGACCAUGAGUUAGUGGAAAAGGCUCAUCUUCUUGUUUUGCAUCAUUUAGAAAUUGUUUCUCCUUUUGUGCAAAAACACAUGGAUGCUUUGAGAACUCAAUUUCCUUUGAAAAGUGAAGUAUGGUUGACUAAAGAGCACAACCGUACUUUUUCAAGUUGGUUCAAACACUUCAUUUUCAACGACAAAAAUGAUGCUUGUGAUGAGGUUGACGAAGACAUUAAGUGGUUGGCUUAUGGUCCUAAACGCGCAAUUGAUUCGUAUGAAGCAUAUGAUAUCAAUGGCUACACCUUUUAUACUACCCGACAUGAUGCCAAAUCUGUAUUACAGAAUAGCGGGGUAUCGGUGGUAGCAGCUUUGGCAGAAUAUGCAAGUUCAAGUGACCAAAAUCCGCUUUAUGCUAAGAUGUGUUACUAUGGCAAGAUCGAGGACAUAUAUGGGAGUUGAACCACACGAACAGAACUUUUUCACUCUUCAAAUGUCAAUGGGCCGAUAUCCGAAGAGGUGUUCAACAUGAUCAAACAGGAGUCACAUUAGUGGAUUUUACCCGACCUGGAUAUCGUGACGAUCCAUUCAUACUUGCAUCACAAGCAAAACAAGUAUUUUAUAUAAGGGAUCCUUCAAAUAAGCGAUGGUGUGUCGUUUUACCUGGCAAGAGAAAGUUAAAUGUCGAUGAUUUUGAAGGUACUGAAGAUGAUUAUGUUGAAGAUAUGCCAUCGUUAUCUGUAGGCAUGCAUGAAAGAAAUGUGACAUACGAUUACAAUGAAGAUGAUCUUCCGUUUGUGGGAAAUCAUAACGACGGCAUAGAAAUUCACUUUGAAAAGUCAAAGUAAUAGCAUGAUACAUGACUACAAUUGAUAUGAGUGAUUCAGACGGGGAUGAUUCGAGCCACCAGGAGGAAGCUCAUGGAGGUGAUAUCGGCCCCGGGCGAAGGGCUAGCGACGGGAGGAAAAUCGUUGAUUUUGCUGAGAAUGGUCAGGCAAUUGGCGAAUGGGCUGAAGAAUUUAAAACUUUUUUAGGCAAGACAGUACGUGAUCGCGUAGAUAUUAACAUUCAGGGUUGGAAGACAGUUGAAAACAGAUUAAAGAUGCAAAUGUGGAAAGAGAUUCAGGAUGCAUAUGUUGUUGAUGACAAGAUGUACAACGUCAUUUUUAAGAGGUUAGGAAAGGUUCAUCGAGAUUUCAGGAGUAGGUUGAGGACGGGCUUUCUAAAUAAGACACGACCAGUUGGACAUGACAGCGGUGAAGCAUUUGAGAAGUAUAAAGGUAUUGUGACAAAAGAUGCUUGGGAAGAGUUCUGUGCUAAGGCGAUGACUCCAGAAUUUAUGGACAAAGUUCAAGAAGAAAUUUCUGCAGGGGCAUGGAAGCCACAUGGGCGGCAUGAUAUUCUUUCUGAAGUUUUAGAGAAACCCGAUUAUCCUGGGCGUGUACGAGGUGUUGGAGGUGGUGUGGGCUUUAAACAAGUGUUUGACCGGGAGCCAAGGAAUUCACGCAAGGUUGGAGGUUUAAGUGAGGCUGAUUUGAGGAACUUGAAGGAGGAGUUGAUGAAAGAUGUAGAAAAAGCAUUUAUUCAGAGAGGUUUUCACUCUACCACAUUUGAGUCUAUGCCUUCACAGGAAGUAUAUGCAGAUACAAUGAACUCCACUGCACCAGUUCCACAGAAACAUUUCAGUGACCGGACAUCUUGUAAGCUUGCUAUCGAGAAGCAGACACCAGAUGGACAAAAAGAUGUAGAAUAUAUGGCGAUUGCAAAUUUGCAAUGGCUUAUAAUAGCGCGCCAGGAGCCAUGAUUCAUAAUAUUCCGAUGUCUGCGAAUACCAUUAAAGUGAAUAUAACUAUGGUGUAUACAGGUUCCGAGCAAUGUCCUCUUUUCUUUCCAAACCCCAAUGCUGAUAUGUUUGUUGCGGCGGACGCUGUUGGAUCAUUUGUAGAAUGGCCGAGUCAUUUUGUUCUCUUUGAAGGAGAGGAGAAACAAAAAAAGUCAAACAUGCAAGAUGCAGUUAAGGAGAAGCCUUUUGUAGCAAGAGAGAUUCCACGAUCUAUGGUUCCUCCUAGCACAUAUCCGUUGAUAAGUGAGACUGUUUUGGAAUCACUUAGUGAAGAUUUGCAGGAGUUACAUGAGAUGCUCGAGUGGUUUGAACCCGUACUUUGUAAGUUUUCAGUUCCUUUACCCGUUGAGUUGUUCCACUACCAAGAAGAAAAGGAAUUCGGGAUCACUAUUCAUCGUGAGGAUCUGAUUGAAUUUCUUAAGGGCGAUUCUCUGGAUAUUAGCAUUGUUCAGACUUUUUUAUUUUGUAUCAAGCAUAAACUGGAUGAACUUGGUUGUGAUGAUGUUGCAUUGUUAUGCCCAUCAAUGUGCUCUCAUAAAGCUUAUCAAAUUGACAAGAAGGGUACAAUGACAUAUUUCAAACAUGCCUUAAAUGUCAAUUUUGAGAAAAGAAUGAUCUUCUUGCCAUAUAAUGAAGGGUUUCAUUGGAUCUUGAUUGUGAUUUGUCCAACAGUUGAUAAAGGCUUCAUCUUUAACUCUAUUCUAAGUGGAUCUAGCUUUGCCAUACAAAAAGACUUGGGAAUAUCUGCUCAUAAUUAGAGGAAUUGAAGGCCAGUUCCCUAACCUCCUCAAAUGCUGAUUUAAAAGAGAACUGACCAUCAUCUUCUUCAUUCCAGAGUAGUCUGCCAGAAGGAUCCAUGGAGCAAAGUUCAAUACCUUGAUCAUUAACAGAGCAAAUCCUUCUCCAAAUUGCAGAAUCUGUAAUUUUAGCGUAUAGAGUUGCUUCUACACACUGUGGUCGUGGAAAGUCAAUCAAGUGGCAUGAUAUCAAGUGUGCAAGACAACUUGGGAGUACAGAAUGUGGAUAUCAUGUCAUGCGCUAUAUGUGGGAAGCAAUUUUUUAUCAAGGUAGCAUUGACAUCGGAAAGGAUUGGUCACCAAGAAGUGAAGCGUAUACCUUGAAGAGUUUAACAAUAUUCGUGAUAUAUGGGCAAGGUUCUUUUUAGAUGUAGUUAUAAAUAUGUAGAUUAGCUACAAUUUCUUAUUUGGAUUGUAAUUUAAACUUAGCUUUUGUCAUUUCGUGUUUAAUUUGGAAGUGUUGCUACAAUUUGUCUUUGAUGUAACAAAAAAUUGAUGUAUGUUUGUAUUUUGGUAAACAUAUAGUGUUUUCGAAUGCUAGUAACAAUACAGAUUUGAUGAAUGUGUA